AUGAACGAUCUGGCCGCGGUUGAGGCGUUGAAAGCUUCACGGGAUGAUCUCAAUUUGAUGUUUCAAACAUGGCCUGAUAACUUCGCCAGUCUUUUUGAUAUGGGCCUGAGAGCAUUUGAACGUUUAUUUAGUUAUCGGCCUCAUCUGAAAACAUACUUUUCAUUGCCGGAGGAUGAUGAAGGCUGGCGCAAAGACGAGAGGAUAAAGCGCAUCGUGUUAUCUUUGGAACAGACUUUGGCGGACGCGGUAGCUACCUAUGCUGAUCCUAACCCCGACCCAGCUGAUACUCAAGCAGCAUUCCUAGAAACAUUACAAGAAAUAGGAGGACUACACAGAGCUAUUGUACCUAACAUUAGUCCCGAUAAUUUCGAGCUGUUAUUCAAAUUAUUACCAGAGGUUAUUGCGGACGUUAUAUCAUCCAGAAGGAAAGAGGGACCAUUGUCACAAUGCGAUCGGCAACGGCUAUUAGGAAUAUGGGCUUCAAUUACUCUACUUAUGUCUAGACACUUUGUUCUCGGUUGGGAACGUAGAAUAGUACCGAAAACUCCGAAGUUUUCAAAAGCUUACAGGUCAGAACAAUCGGAAAAAGGACAGCGUUGGAAGUUUGAAUGGUGGGCAGCUCGUCGCAAAUCUUCUACAGCCAGCUACAACAACAGCGGGAGCCACGAGCAACAUGUCAACACCAGCUUCAGUAGUGGUGGAAGUAGAGGAACGCAGAGUAGCACCUCUUCAACGAGUGAUAGCUCCUAUUACAGCUGUUCGCAAAAUGAAGUAAGAUCUACCAGUCAAGAUUAUACAGAGCCAUUGGCUAUACAUGAGGUUGAAUGUGAGAUUGACGACUAUGUAUGA